CUCUAAAAGCAGCUGGAAGUUAGUGCAGAUACAAGUCAGAAGCUCACAUCAGAAUAGAAUAAGUGUGAUCUCAAUGACUGACUAUGGCAUGAUUGUUGGGCUGAUCUGAGAAUUUCUGAAACUGCUCAACUCUUGGGAUUUUACUCAGAAUGGUGCAACAAAACAAACAAACAAAAAACAUCCAGCUAGCAGUAGUUCAGCCGAUGGGAACACCUUGUUGAUGAGAGAAGUCAGAGAUAAGGCUAUGGUAAUUCAGAUAACCACUUUAAACGUCUGUGGUGAGCAGAAAAGCAUCUCAGAAUCCACAACACGUUAAAAAGACGCUUCAAAACUUGCUUGAGAAUCAUCGAGUUUUUAGGGUUUCUUCAGUUUAAUGGUAAUCCAGUGACAGUUGUCAGGACACCCAAUUGUACAUAGCAAACAUGAACUACCAAUAGAGAAAUCGGCGCACAUAAUUACAAAAUGCUAACUAACGUAGGCUAAAAAAAAGCCCACCCGCAGUGUAAGUCAACGUCGUACGCCCUGUUUCUCAAAUCUUUUAAUUAUACUCAAACUUAAUAUCAUAAUAGAUGUGUAGAAUGAAAUUUUAAAAUUAGGUUACUUUGACCAUGGUUGUGCGGAUUCUAGGCUCUGAUUGUGCUACGUUUUGACAGUCAAAACUGGUAACAAAGUCUUCGGCAUGUUGCCGAGCAACGGCAAAUGCGACAAGAAAUGACUGCAAACAGUUUCGAAUUGGGUGCAGCAUGCGCCGAAUGUGUGGCAGGGCUUCAACAGACAGAGAAAAUAUCUUACAUAUUUUCAACAAACACUCAGAGCCAACAGAUAAAAACUGUUGCUCAGUGAACAGAUUCACUGCAGGCUGCAAAUGUUUAAACAAGACAGAUGGGCAGCACAAAAUGAAACGACUGAGGACCCGAAAGGAGAGGAGUCAGAUGAGAGGUGGUGAGAGAGAGGCCUCAAAGACCAAAUUAUAUCACCAUCACUGCCGUCGCCAAAGCAGUAAAGACACAGCACAUUUCCAUAGCUGUUGUCAUAGUAGUUGUCAUUGUCCUUCAAGAAGAGAUGUGCCAUUUCCAAAUGUUGUUCCUGCUGCACAGGAGCCCAGCAUCAUCACAGACAGCCGCCUGAUAGGACACCACGGCCUGUUCAACCAUGAGGUGAAGUCUGUUCACAUUGAACGGUUGUUAAGUGAGCAGCGGAAGCAGGAGAAAAGUGGACAGAAAGCACAGGAGAAGAACCAUGCUAUUUCACACCCAUCCUUAACACCUCACAUUCCUUUUCCACUCCCCAGCAAUGAUUUGUUGGGUGCUGAUACUGAUGAGGUUGUGCCAUUUGAAAAGAAAGCAGAGUCUGCUACAGACACCCAUGAUGAUUGCCAGGAGAAAGAGAAGAAAAUCAGUCAUGGAUCAGAUAUUACACCUGGGCAGAGACCACAGCAACAACCUGACCUCCCAUCUGGAAGCUACAAAAGCCUCAAUGUAGUGAUAAUCAAGAGCAUGAAGGCCAAUUCUGUCAUGCCUGAAAAGUACAGAGAGUCUCAGCUGACUCCCACUAUUUCUCGAGACACUGUGAAGAUGUUAAACAAGAACAUAAAGACACGUAUGGCUUCUACUCUCAAACCCACUGCAAAGAACCAGGAGCCUCCUGCUCAUCAGACACAAGCUCAUGGUCUGAGCCCAAGCCCACUUCAGCUCUACCACUCACCCACUGCUGACAACUUCGGCAUACAGCACAGAAGGCAAGACCCUGGCUCUGUAUCGAAGUGCGUCAGCACGGUGGCAGCACGCUUGUGUGACGGUCUGCAUUUCCCACUUAUGAGAAGGAGAAACCUGGUGGCAGAGAGCAGGGAGGUGCUGCUGAAGGCUCUGCGAGAGAGGCACGGACCCCGGCUUCAGGAAAACCUUUUCAGGCAGCAGCAACACCUCAGCUCUGGUACUGAUCUCACAAAGGCAGUCCGGGAUCACAUUCUGGAGCUAUCCAUGAUAGAUGAAGAUGAGCUCUUGCCCACAGCGUUUCAAGCCAAAAGUGCACGUCAGCCAUGUUUUGACACCCACAAAACCACAUCUUUCAAAAUGAGAAGUAUGCGUUUUAACUGGAAGUCCAGUCUACAGCCACAUCAGAACAUGGAACAGAUUUCUGAGUGGCUAACAAGUCCUGUGGAUACUUCUGCCAGUCUUUUGGAUGAUAUCCUCAGACCUAGUUGCUCUCCUCAGUUCUGCAUGGACUUUGAGCCCUCUGGAGCUUCAGCAUGUGAUCAUUUGUCUGCUCUCUCUCCUACUUCAUGCUGGGGAGAAAAAGCCUCAGCAUCUCAACUCUGGGACAGUUCCAACAGGCCAAAGAGCAAAGAGUUGUUUACGCUUGAUUCCUUUGACAACAGCUUUAUGAACCACACCAGAGCAGCUAGAGAGAGGAGCCAUGGGCCUCAGCACAAUGACAGCAACAUACAGCCCUUCUUUCCUUACCAAACAGAGCUGCCAGAUAGACACUCAGCAGAGCCAAUGCACUUUGCUCAGGAGAGAGACCCCUCUGAAACUGACAGAUACUCUUUUACUCGCACCUUCCCCACCCAAAGUCAUAAUCCUAAUCAGAGCAACCGUUUCCAGACUUCCAACCAAUUCAGUCACCCUGCAAGUUGCCCUCCCCUCAGGUCCUACCACACUGACAUGACAUUUUACCCCCCAUCUCACAUGCUUGAAAGAAGCCCAGCACCUCCCCUUUCAUCUUUACCCAGCCCCGAGCUCUGGUCCUUCCCUCCUAUGAGGCUGUAUUAAUGUGCAGUGAAACUCAUGCAUGUGAACAU